AUGACCGGCCAUCAGAUCGUCUAUCCCGAGUACGAGAAUUUUCUCGACUCGAUGAAGCGGCAAGGCGGCGCGUUCAAAUUCAUCGCGGCGCGCAAACAUUUUCCGAUCGGCUCGAAAGUCGGCGAGCCGCCGCGAUCGCGAACACUCGCGCAAAUCGAGAAAUCCGUCAUGGAGUCGUCGAGAGUCAAAAAUGUGAUCACUGAGGAAUCCAUUCGCCGAAAGUGCGCAAUCGAUGAGGUUCGGAGAGAAGCGCUCGACCUUCUCAAGGAAAUGGCUCAUCAGUACAAUCUUUGGAAUGUUAGAGCACUUGGAUAUUUUGUUUGUUCUACUCUAGAAAAGUUGUAUGACGGAAUUUAUGUGAAUGAGCGACAAUUGGAGAAAAUUCGGGAGCGUAGCAAAACCGAUCCGAUCGUCUUCAUGCCGUCACACAAGACAUACUUCGACUUUAUUCUUCUCUCGCUUAUCUGCUUCGACUAUAAUAUUCAACUUCCCGCGAUUGCCGCUGGCCAGGACUUCAUGAGCAUGAAAUUCAUUGGCGAGGUCCUGCGACGAUCUGGCGCAUUUUUUAUGCGGCGAUCAUUUGGAAAUGAUAAAUUGUAUUGGGCCGUAUUUUCCGAAUAUGUCCAAACGCAUGUGAUCAAUAACGAUAGAUCGGUGGAAUUUUUUGUGGAAGCCACUCGGAGUCGAGUUGGAAAAAGCUUGCAUCCGAAAUAUGGAAUGAUGCAGAUUAUUUUAGAGCCUUAUUUGAGAGGCUCCGUGUUCGAUUUGGUAGUUGUCCCGGUUUCGAUGAAUUAUGAUCAGAUCCUCGAGGAAAAACUGUAUGCAUAUGAGCUUCUUGGGUUUCCAAAGCCGAAAGAAUCCACAUCAGGACUUUUGAAAGCUCGCGAAAUUCUCAACAAAAAGCAUGGAUCUUGCUUUUUGACAUUUGGAGAACCAAUAUCGGUUCGCAAUUAUUUUGGGGUAUCUUUGCACAGAAACACGUUUGUUUGUCAGCCAGAUUCCCAGUUUGUACUUGACCAACAAGCAAAAAUCGCUAUUCGCAAAUUUGCGCAUUACAUUGUUGAAAAGCAUAAUGAAAACUCGGUGAUCACUAUUUGGAAUGUCGCGUGCACUGUUAUUUUGAAGACUCUUGAUGAUAAUGACGAUUUUGUUUUCCAAUAUGACGAUCUUCAUUUAAAAGUCGGUGAUUUGGUGCACCUAUUGAAGCAGAUAGGGGUUACUGUGAACGUUAGAAAAGAUUUGGAUAAUGAUUUAAGGUACUACCUCGAACUUCACAACGACCUUUUCCACCCGUUUGAUCUUAAUGCUUCCAAUUUUCAUUUGAAACUUUUGGAUUAUCCGGUGGCUGCCGACGCAACCCAUAUUCCGGUGUCGAUAAUGGAACGAUCUGUGAGCCGUCUGAUCCUCACAACAUAUUCGAACGGAUUGAUUCACGCGAUCGACAGUGAAGGAAUUCUGUGCACGUUAUUGCUGAAAAAGUCGGUGGCAAACAUUGAAAUUGUGAAAACCGAGUUUUGUUGGCUUCAUGAAAUAAUGAAAAGAGAGUUUGUUUCAAUUCCAGGCGAACUGGAUAAGCUUUUCCAGAAAACGCUGAAUAUUCUGAAAAAUGCUGAGAUUGUGGGAGUCGCCGGGGACACAAUCAAAUUGAUCGACACAUUUAUUGGAAACCAAUUAGCCAACUAUAUUCAGCCAUAUUUCAUUCAUUUUGAGACUAUCAUUGAUUCGAUAGACGAUUCGAUGUGCACUAUGCCGAAUAUCAACAAAUACAUUCAAAUUGUUCAAAGGAAGAUCGCCGACUUUUAUAAUAAUAAUCGCAACAAAGUUCGACUUUCCUUUUUAUCAACGGAGCCCAUUAAAAACGCAAUAACGGUGUUGGCAGAAAAUGGGGCCAUCACAAAAACAGAAACUGGCUUCGACGUCCAUUCGGAUGUGUUAGCACAAAUUCGGAAGCGAUUAUCAAAUUUCAGUGGCUCGACGGCCGUGUUCUCGUCGAAACUCUAA